CUGGCCAUUAAUAAAAAUAAAAAAUCUCCUGGCCGAAUAAAUUACUGGCAAGAAAGCCCAAGGCUAGAAUGCGUCUAUAAAUAGAAACAUGCCAGAUGCGUACAAAUACCUCUUUCAUAACAAGAUCGUACUGCCAUUUGUUAUUAACCUAUGCUGUAAACAUAAUCCUCAAUUCUAAAUCGUCGAAUAGUCACCGUAUUCAUACGCAUUCCAUCUCUUCCUGAGUAUUAUUCGGCCCAAGAUUUUGUCUUGGGAUAGAUUAUUGUCUAUCACGGUCUGCGCCAAGGUUUUUGAGGGUAAAUUUUGAUCAUGAUUUCGAAUUCCGUGGAAUUUGAAAUUGCAACCACCAUUGUUGUGAAACCCUGCAGUCGCCAAUGAGUGGAGCUAAUUAAGGUAGGACUGUAUGUGGAUGUAUUCUAGAUGCAGGAUUAUGAUGCUUCUGUAGAUGGUAAAUAGGAGAGAUAGUCUAAAGAAGAAAUAGGGCUUUGGGUGCUAGUUCAAUUUUGUUGUGAAAUAGAAGUCAAUAAAGUCUCCACAGUAAACUGCAAAAUUCAAUUGGGAACAUCUGACAUGGGUGAAGAUGAUGGCUAUGACAGUGAAAGCAGUCCUCAGCCAGAAGUAAAUUUGAGGAAUGUUAUAAGUGGUUUAUAUGUAAUGGCCACAGGGAUAAACAAUUCUCCUGACAAUAUAGAAGAGCAAGACGACAUUGUUGAUAUUUCAACUGAAGAGUUUCCUCAAGAUGAUGCAUCGAUGCAAUUGUCCUCAGUUCACCCACCAAGUGCUCCCCCUCUUGUGAGUGGAGAUGGAAACAAUAGUCGUGCAGUGCAAACAACUUUGGAAGCAGAGCCUCCACAGUGGGUCCCAGAUAGCAGCUCACCUAGCUGCAUGCAAUGUUGGGCACCUUUCAAACCCUUCACUCGUUACAGACACCACUGUCGUUUCUGUGGAGGAAUUUUUUGUUGGAAAUGUUCGACUGGAAGAUGCCUGUUACCUGUGAAAUUUCGACAAAGAGACCCUCAAAGAGUCUGUGAUACCUGUUAUGAUAGGUUGGAACCAUUUCAGAGAUAUUUGAUUCGUCGUAUAAGCAAUGCAGCUCAGAUUGCAACACACGAUGUAACUGAUUGGACCUGUAUGAGAGGAUGGUUGAAUACCCCUCUUGGCAUGUCGAUGGAACAAGAAAUAUACAAGUCAACAAAUGUUUUGCGAAGUUAUUGUGAGAUUGGUAGAUUGAAAGCAGAAAAAUCUAUACCAGAAGCUGUUUUAAGAGGGGCCAAAGGAUUGGCCAUCUUAUCUGUUGCAAAGGCAGGAAUGAUUGUGACCUACAAAUUAGGGACGGGGUUGGUUAUUGCUCGAAAAGAUGACGGGUCUUGGUCUGCACCAUCAGCUAUUGUAUCAUAUGGUCUGGGAUGGGGAGCACAGAUGGGAGGAGAGCUUACUGAUUUUGUUAUUGUUCUUCGCAAUUCCAGAGCAGUCAAAGCUUUCAGUAGUCGUAUGCAUUUCUCUCUGGGUGCAGGAUUAAGUGCAGCAGCUGGAGUAUUGGGAAGAGUUGCAGAGGCAGAUAUUCGAGCUGGAGAUGCCGGAAUGGCUGCCUGUUACACAUACAGCUGUAGCAAAGGUGCAUUUCUUGGAGUGUCUCUUGAGGGAAAUAUUGUAUCAGUUCGGUCAGAAACAAAUUUACGUUUCUAUGGGGAUCCAUAUUUAACUCCAGCAGACAUACUACUUGGUUCUGUUGAACGGCCAAAGGCAGCAGCACCUCUUUACAGUGCCGUGUAUGAUCUUUUAAAAAAUUUAAAAAGAUGAUAAUAUUAAGGGGCUUGUAAGAUACCUCUAAUAACCAAAUAUUGGAAAGAAAAGAUAUUAAGGUGCUUGUAUUUCAACAAUCAAAUCUUGAAGAAAGAUUUUAUUAAAGGGCAACUUGUAAGAUCAAGGAGUAAGUCUUAGGAUACAAGUACGUGAAGUUUCUCUUGCAAUCCUCCCCCUUCGUCCACUCAAUAUUGUCUGUAAUUUUUUCAUUAUGAACUCUUAACUGUACAUAUAAUUGUGCUUCAGAUUAAUAUUCUUAAUUGAGUGCAACACAGAGCACUAUUGUACCUAACCCUAAAUUCUUAGUUGCCAUGCCUUAUUUAUGUGCACAAUAAUUGGAAACUUAUUAAGAAGACAGUUGGAGCUGGUUUACUCA